GAACACAUUCAAGAAGUUCUUGACAAAUGGACCCAAAUCGAUGAUGAAAUUUGGGCCAAAGUAAUUGUCUUUGAACGUAAUCGUCGUGUGGCCAAAGCCUAUGCUCGGGCACCAGUAUUAACAAUAAAUGGCUCAGAUGAUGGCUUUGAUGGCAUGCGAAUCGGUUUAUGUGGCUUCGAUAAUCCAAUGCGUGAUCAGAAAACAGAAGAAUUUAAAAAACACAUUGGCCAGGGUGUCAAAAUUAAAAUGGACGAUGCUGGCAAUAUCUUAAUACGACGUUAUGCCAAAAGUAAUGUUUAUAUCAAAAGUACGGCUAGCAGUCCAAAUGAGGAGACAUCGAUUGGAGCCGAUAUUUUGAAAUUGCCCAAUCAGGCAUUGGAAAGUGAAAAAAUAGUCAAA